GCUGCAUCUGGCUGCACAGCCCUGGAAGGAACUUAGUCCUUGAACUCGGAAAGGAUGGGGAGGGGUGUGUGCUGACCCAGGAUGAAAUAGCAAGAGUAGAAAUAGAACACCUGUGUUCUGCAUUCAUUUCCCAUUUUGACUUGACUUUGCUCUUCCAGAAAUCUGGUUUACUCUGUUCCUCACUAGCAUCUUCUGGGUGGCUUAAUCCUGACUUGAGGAACCUUCUGGAACUAGAAAAUGAGCCCCACGGAUGUCAUAGACAUCACCCCGGAUGAAAGCAUCUACAGCGGCUACUAUGCCUAUGACAAUCUCCCAAACCCUUGCACCAAAGAAGGCAUCAAGGCCUUUGGGAAGGUCUUCCUGCCUCCCCUCUACUCCUUGGUCUUUCUGUUUGGCCUUCUGGGAAAUUCCAUAGUGGUGCUGGUCCUGUUCAAGUACAAGCGGCUCAAGUCCAUGACCGAUGUGUACCUGCUCAAUUUGGCCAUUUCUGACCUGCUCUUUGUGCUCUCGCUCCCUUUCUGGGGCUACUAUGCUGCAGACCAGUGGGUUUUUGGACUAGGUCUCUGCAAGCUCAUUUCCUGGAUAUACCUUGUGGGCUUUUACAGUGGCAUAUUCUUCAUCAUGCUCAUGAGCAUUGACAGGUACCUGGCGAUUGUGCAUGCCGUGUUUUCCCUGAGAGCCAGGACUCUGACCUACGGGGUCAUCACCAGCAUUGCCACGUGGUCAGUGGCUGUCCUGGCCUCCCUGCCUGGCCUUUUGUUUAGCACUUGUUACACAGAGCGAAACCGCACCUAUUGCAAAACCCAGUCCUCUGACAACUCCACGAGGUGGAAGACUCUCAGCUCCUUGGAGAUCAACAUUCUGGGAUUGGUGAUCCCCUUGGCCAUCAUGCUGUUCUGUUACUCCAAGAUCAUCAGGACCCUCCAGCAUUGUAAGAAUGAGAAGAAGAACAAGGCAGUGAAGAUGAUCUUUGCUGUCGUGGUUCUCUUCCUCGGCUUCUGGACACCCUACAACAUAGUGCUCUUCCUGGAGAGCCUGGUGGACCUUGAGGUGCUUCAGGACUGCACAUUUGAAAAGCACCUGGACUAUGCCAUUCAGGCCACCGAGACUCUGGCUUUUGUUCACUGCUGCCUCAAUCCAGUCAUCUACUUUUUCCUGGGGGAGAAAUUUCGCAAGUACAUCGUCCAGCUCUUCAAAACCUGCAGAGGCCCUUUUGCAUUCUGUAGGUUUCUCCAGAUACAUUCAGUGGACACCCCCAGCUCGUCCUACACGCAGUCCACCGUGGAUCAUGAUCUUCAUAAUGCCCUGUAGGUCAGGAGACCCAGACAAGCAACUUCUCGAGCUAAGAACUGACUCAGCUGGAGUCCCCCAAGCAAGUGUCCACUUCCAGAGAGUGGCCUGUCCACCCCACAGUCAGCUUCUCCUCCCGCCAUGGCCAAGUUUGGUGUGACAAGUGUCCCUGGGGACUGGGUUGCCCUUCCUCACACCAGGUGUAAAUAAACCUGAGGCGCUGGAGCAGUGUUUCCCAGAGGUGCUAGAUUACAUUGGAAAGACUUUCUAUUCUCCCCUUCACACCUGAACUGAGAAGCUUCUUCAGAGGGAAUUGUUGAGAAUUGACUAGUGAAGUAAAUUGCCACUCUUAAAAAAAUGGAUGAUUUAUUUAUUUGCUAUGAGAGAAUGAGAAAGGAGGGAGACAAAGAGAUUAGAUUUUAUUCUUUUAUUGAAAAGACAUUAUUUGUUGGCAAGAGACAAACUCUUUGUACCAAUAACAAAUGUAGCAAAGUGGGUGGGUUAACAUGGUCUAAUUUUCAAACAUAAACUACGAGACCUCCAGAAUUUGAACACAUGUGUGUAAACUCAAACACUUUCAUACUUGUGUACAUGUUUUAAUUGUGACAAGUGAUUAUUAAGAUUUAAGGAAAUAACAGAUGAACUUUACUUGGGUUCUUUAUUAUUUAAAAACAAUGUCUACAAAAUAAGAAGGAGUGCUAAGGUAUGACACUGUCUCAAUCAUUUCGAAGUACCCACCAUCAACUGAGAUAAAAUAUAUUGCUGCUGUGGUGUCACAAUGACUGUCAAAAAUUAUGAAAUUUUGGGACCAGGGAGAUAACAUAGUGGUUAUGCAAAAGGAAAAAAAAUUUUCACACCUGAGUCUUAGAAGUUCCAGGUUCAAUUCCUGGCACUGCUGUUAGCUAGAGCUGAGUAGUGCUCUGGUAAAAUAAAUGAAUUCAUACGGAAAAUAGCCAUCAUUACUUUAAAAAUACUGGACCUGAUGUGGCUGGGGAAGUGGUUUAUCAGAUAAAGUGUAAGUCCUACAUGUGUGAGUUCUUAUGUUUGAUCCUUAGUAUCGCAUAUGCCACUUUGAUCUUCUGUUCGAUCUCUCUUUUGCUCUCUCUCUCUCACAUAAAAUAAGUCUCUAUCUCUCUCGCUCUCUUUCUCUCUCUCUCUCUCUCUCUAUAUAUAUAUAUAUAAUAAUUAUUAUUAUUAUUUACCAGAGCACUGCUCAGCCCCUGCUGAUGGUAGUGUGGGGGGUUGAACCUGAGACUUUGGAGCCUCAGGUAUGAGAGUCUUUUUGCAUAACCACUAUGCUAUA